AUGGGACUCAAGAGAAAGCCCCCGACCCCCCUACUCGAACUCCUCGAGGGUCAACCUGGGAAGGAUACGCAGGGAAUGCCACAACCCAAGGUUCCUUCCCCACCACCUCAGCCCCAGAUUGUCCAGACUAGGUCAUCUUCCACCAAGUCACAGCCACAAUCCCCCCACCCCAAACUUCCUGCUUCCUCCCAACCAUCUCUACCUCCUCGGCCGGAAGGCACUGCUUCGAAGAGAAAGAGGAGCCCCAAGGGCAAGGAAAUCAUGGACGAGGGAAAAUCCCAACCUUCUAAGGAGAAGGAGGAGGCUCCGCGUACAAAACAACUGAAGCUUGGGCACCAAAGCAAGGGUAAAGAGACUGAAGUUCAAUCCUCUCAAGGCAAGGGAAAGGGGAUCGAGGCCCAGUCCUUGCCAAGCGCCUGGCUUCCUGCCCCAAUGCUUCACGGGGGUCCACUGCUGGAAACUGCAUCCAUGAGGGACCUUGGAGAUGGCAAGGGUGGCUACGUGGCAGACGCAUUAGGGAGAACCAUGCUACUUCCUACUGACAUGGAUGGUCUGAGGAAAAUGAGGAUGCAGGAGGUCUUCCUCAGUACUAAGAGGUACUUGGGCAUGGCUCUCCAGGCCACUUAUAGGAUGGAGGAAGAGGUGAAUAAUAAGAGUAAGACGGCCGAGAAUGAACGCACUAAGCGCAUAACGGCCGCGAAGACUCUCCAAGCCUUUGAGGAUGAACUCACCAAGGCCAAGGCUGACCUAACAGUUGCUAUCCGUGAAAGGGAUAGCGCAUCAGCGGGCCUAGCUAGUGCCCAAAAACAGGCCGAGGACCAAACAAAACGUCUACUUGAAGCCGAGGAUCAGUUGCAAAUAGCUAAAGAUCUGAUCGAGGAUUUAAGUAAAAAGCUGGCCGCGGCCGAGCAUGACAAAGGUGUGGUGGAGUAUGCUCGUGACGAAGCCAUAAGGGUCAAGCGGGAGGCCGAGUUUGCCAGAAAUGAGGCUGAGGUUGCCAAGGAAACGGCCGAGGAUGAUGGUUAUAAUGCAGGGGUAGCUGAAACCCAAGCCAUCCUUAAAGCCCAGAUUCCUGGAGUAUGCAGGCUUUACUGCUCCCAGGUUUGGGAAGAGGCAUUGAAGCGAGCUGGGGUGAAUGCUUCAUCCGACUUGUGGAAAGCGGAGAACAUAUUCUACCCUACAGCCAUCCGUAAUAUAAAAUUAUAA